AUGACUGCUCGUGUCAGCAUUGACGUGGUUAAAGACGAAGCCGAACCAGAUGACUACUCAACCACACUUGCCGCUACACAAGCGACGAAGGAGCGAAAGGGGGAGGAUGACGCGUGGACUGCGUAUCUGCGCAUUUUCCGUUAUGCUGGGACCUUCGUAUACGUUAUCCAAGCCGUCGCUGUACUCGCAGCUAUCGCGUCAGGCGCCGGUAUUGCGCUGCAAAAUUUGAUAUUCGGCGCCUUUAUCACCGUGAUCACAGACUACGCCUCCGAAAGAUCGUCGAAUGACGUUUUCCUUGCCGACGUUGCAAAUCUAGCUCUCUAUUUCGUGUAUCUUGGGAUUGGCCGCUUCGUCCUAUCAUACAUUUACAACACCCUCCUGACAUAUGCUGGCCACAAGAUUGUCCGGAACAUCCGCCACGCUUAUCUCAAGGCUGCUCUUGGUCAGGAGGUGGCUUUCUUUGAUGUUGGCACCGGCGGGUCUAUUGCAACUCAGGCCACGUCCAACGGCCGCCUGAUCCAAGGCGGCAUCUCCGAGAAACUGGGUUUGACGUUCCAAGGUCUUUCCGCCUUCAUCACUGCCUUCGUUGUCGCCUUCGCUACACAUUGGAAACUCACCCUUAUUACGCUAUGCGUUGCCCCGGCAACCAUCAUCACCAUGGGUGUCGUUGCUGCGAUCGAAGCUGGGUACGAGACCAAAAUCCUCGACACUUACGCCCAAGCCAACUCUUUCGCUGAGGGUGUCUUAGCGAGCGCGCGUACUGUUCAUGCAUUUGAGAUGCGAUCCAAGCUCGUCGCAAAGUUCGACAGUUACCUCGUGGAAGCACAUCACUGGGGAGACAAGAUCUCCCCGCUCCUGGGCGCUCUCUUCUCCAUCGAGUACACCAUUAUUUACCUUGGGUUUGGACUCGCCUUUUGGCAAGGGGUACAACUUCUCGCGAGGGGAGAUAUUGAGACAUCAGGGCAAAUUUUCACGGUCCUCCUAUCUGUCGCCAUUGGGUCGAUACAAAUCACCAUGCUUGCCCCUUAUUCCAUCGAGUUCACUCGUGCUGCGGCAUCUGCAGCUUCCCUCUUUAAACUCAUCGACAGGAAAUCGGCGAUAGACCCCUUCAACACGGAUGGAGAACAGCCUUCUAACAUCAGUGGACUCGUCGAGUUGAACAAUAUCACGUUUUCUUAUCCUACUCGGCCGGGCACGACAGUGUUGGACGAUUUUUCACUCAUCGUUCCAGUGGGCAAGGUCACCGCUUUGGUGGGUCAAAGUGGUUCUGGGAAGAGUACUAUUGUCGGAUUGAUCGAGCGAUGGUACACCCCGUCAACUGGGUCCAUCAAACUGGAUGGCCGACCGAUUGAAGCACUGAACUUGAACUGGCUCCGGAAAAAUGUCCGACUGGUGCAACAAGAACCUGUCUUAUUUCAGGGCUCGGUCUUCGACAACAUCGCCUACGGCUUAGUUGGUACCCCCUGGGAAAAUGCUUCCAGGGGCGAGCAAAUGGCUCAGAUUCAGGAAGCAGCGGUGACGGCAUUUGCGCAUGACUUCAUAUCAGAAUUACCUCAGGGGUACGAUACCGACAUUGGGCAGCGUGGCAGCCUUUUGUCUGGUGGCCAGAAGCAGCGUAUCGCUAUCGCUCGCAGUAUUGUGUCACGGCCCAAGGUGCUGCUGCUUGAUGAAGCCACCAGCGCCCUCGACCCUCACGCUGAGGGAGUUGUCCAGCAAGCGCUAGACAGAGCCGCCGAAGGACGUACUACCAUCGUCAUCGCCCACAAGCUGGCGACCAUCCGAAAAGCGGACAACAUCGUCGUCAUGUCCAAGGGGCGUAUCGUGGAGCAGGGAACCCACGAGGGCCUCGUCACCCAGGAUGGCGCUUACGCUAAGCUCGUCCGAAUCCAAGAUCUGGCAGUCAACGCCGUCCGCGAAUCAUCCGACAGCGAACAUGAAGACACCACGGUUGAUGGGGAGGGCCACCAUCCCGAACUGACCACAACACUUACUAAGUACGGGACUGAAGAUCAAACCCGCCUAGAAAAACAAAUGGAACGGGACAACUUUGAUCAUCACAGGCACCUCGGUUUAAUCGCCGUCGUCAUACGAUUAGUGAAGUGGAGCCCCGAGCUUGCGUGGUGGUAUGCUACUGUCGUGGGAUCUUGUAUCGGCGCCGCCGCGAUAUUUCCAGGUCAAGCCAUUCUGCUGUCACGUAUGAUGGAUGUCUUCACCCUGAGUGGCGAUGCAAUGAAAGAGAGAGGAAACUUCUUUGCCUCCAUGUUUAUCGUGCUCGCUGCGGGAUGCCUGGUCUUCUAUUUUGUCCUCGGUUGGGGAGUGAACGUUGUUGCCCAAACUCUCUCACAUAAACUCCGGAAACAAGCCUUCGACGACAUCCUACGGCAAGAUCUUCAAUUUUUCGACCGGCCAGACAACAACACCGGAGCUCUAGCCAGCCGAGUCGAUUCAAAUCCGCAGUCCGUUUUUGAGUUGAUGGGGUUCAACGUCGGUCUUAUCAUCAUUGCUGUUCUCAACGUUGUAGCCUGCAGCGUUCUUGGUAUCGCCCAUAGUUGGAAAUUGGGGUUGGUGAUCGUGUUUGGCGGUCUGCCUCCCUUGCUCGGGGCCGGUUGGGCCAAGAUCCGGUUGGACAUGCGGAUGGAUCAUAACGGAUCCAAGAAGAGUGGAACGAGCGCUUCGAUCGCGUCAGAAGCCAUCACCGCCAUUCGAACCGUCUCAUCUCUCGCGAUUGAAGAACGCGUACUCGCCCGGUAUACGGCUGAGCUGGACUCUGCUGUGGCUGGAACGAUUCGGCCACUCGCCGUCAUCAUGAUCUGCUUCGCGUUGACGCAGGCCAUCGAGUACUGGUUCAUGGCCCUCGGAUUUUGGUACGGAUGCCGUCUCGUGGCCUUUGGCGAGACUACCAUGUACAACUUUUUUGUUGCGUUUAUGGGCGUGUUCUUUUGCGGCCAGGCCACUGCCCAAAUGUUUGGGUUCUCAACAAGUAUUACAAAAGGGAAGAAUGCAGCCAACUACAUGUUUUGGCUCUCGGAAUUGCAGCCGACCGUCCGCGAGACGGACGACAACCGCAGCAACGGCCCGAAGUCGGGAGGUCCGGUAGCAUUGGACAACGUGAGGUUUUCUUACCCGCUCCGACCGGACGCAAUGGUUUUACGAGGGGUAGAUUUAAAGGUGAAGAAAGGGCAAUUCGCGGCUGUGGUUGGGGCUUCAGGUUGCGGCAAAUCUACCGUCAUCGCCCUGCUGGAGCGGUUUUAUGACCCGUCCACUGGUAGCAUUCGUAUCAACGACGACAUGCUGAGCACAUUGAACCCACGACUGUAUCGCCGGAUGGUUGCGCUCGUACAGCAGGAGCCGACUCUAUUCCAAGGGUCGAUCCGAGAAAAUAUCGCCCUUGGCAUUGAUGACCCGGCCCAGGCCGUGGCUAGCCAAGCUGUCCCCGACUCCCAAAUUGAGGCCGCCCUCCGUGCAGCUAAUGCGUGGGAAUUUGUGUCCUCACUUCCCGACGGGCUGUCAACCGCAGCCGGCCCGAACGGCACGCAGCUCUCCGGCGGCCAGCGCCAGCGCAUCGCCAUUGCCAGGGCACUGAUCCGAGACCCCAGGAUUUUGCUCCUCGAUGAAGCCACUAGCGCGCUAGAUACCGAGAGUGAGAAGAUCGUCCAGAGUGCGCUCGCAGAGGCGGCAAAAGCAGGAGAUCGCAUCACGAUUGCGGUGGCACAUCGGCUGUCCACCAUCAAAGAUGCCGAUGUUAUUUGUGUGUUCCAUAACGGCAAGAUUGUGGAAAAGGGUACGCACGAAGAGCUCGUUGCUCUUGGAAGGAUGUAUCGCAAAAUGUGCGAGGCACAAAACUUGGAGUAG